AUGACGACCCGUAAGAGAAAGCAAGAGGCCGAAGAGGAGGAAGAGCUCCAGGCUCUCCCCAGCGAUGAGAGUGAAGAGGAAGAGGAAUAUGAAGACUCCGAAGUAGGAAGCGAGGGAGGCGAGGAAGAUGAGGAGGAAGCGCCAUCUGAUGAAGACUCCGAAGAAGAAGAAGAAGAGGGAGAGGAAGAGAAAAAGAAAGAGACUCCUAAGAAAGAAAAAGAAGAUCAACACGCUCCCAAGAAACGAAAGACAGCUCCUGCAGCUGAAGACGAAAAGAAAGAAGAGGCAGAAGAAGGUGGUGAGGGUGAGGGUGAGGGUGAGGAUGCUGAAGGCGAAGAAGCAUCUGGCAAAGAAGAGGAAGAAGAAGCACCCGAGGAAACAGCCAAGACCAGUGGUCCUGCUGAAGCUGCGGCCAAAGCCAAGGGCGAUACUGUUCCAAAGGAGCCUGAAACUCCAGAGGUAGAGGCAGAGGCAGAGGAUGAGUGA